AUGGCGUCCCCCAAAAACACCUCAGACAGGAGGUCAGCACUGCAGGCGCUGGCUGUCAGCAGGUCCCAGAGACUGGUUUUCCUCCAUGUCUGUGCCUCCUCUCCUGUGUCUUCGCCCGCCUGCGCGCGACGGCGACAUGGAGGCCAAAGGCGCGGACGGGGCCCGAGUGACCUGAAGCUGGUGGCACACCCGCGCGCCAAGAGCAAGGUGUGGCGCUACUUCGGCUUCGACACGGACGCCGAGGGCUGCAUCCUGCAGUGGAAGCGCAUCUACUGCCGCAUCUGCAUGGGGCAGAUCGCCUACUCGGGAAACACGUCCAACCUGUCCUACCACCUGGAGAAGAACCACGCCGAGGAGUUCUGCGAGCUGGUCAAGAGCAACACCGAGCACAUGCGCGAGGCCUUCGCCUCGGCCUUCUCCAAGCUCAAGGCCGACGCGCCCACCCCGCCGCCCGCGGCCGGCGACGCCCUGGACCCCCGUCGCCAGCAGGAGCUGACGGCCGCCGUGCUGGCCUUCGUGUGCGACGGCCUGCAGCCGGCGUCCGUGGUGGCCGAGCCCACGUUCCAGGCGCUGCUGCGGGCGGCCGAGCCCCGCUACGCGCUGCCCGGCCACCACUUCUUCUGCACCCAGGCCCUGCCCGACAGGUACGCGGCCGUGCGCGACACCGUCCUCAGGGAGCUGGCCGACGCGCCCUGGUGCGCCGUGUCCGCCGACGCGUGGGCCGGCCCCAACCAGGGCCGCAGGUACGUGACGCUGGCCGCUCACUUCCUGGCCACCGCGCCCGCGGGCGGCCUGGCGCUGUGGUCACGCUGCCUGAAGACGUUCGAGGUCCCGGAGGAGGAGGAGGAGGACGACGAGGACGCCGAGGCGGCAGCGGCAGAGACCGUCACCCGUGUCCUGUACGAGACGUUCGUGGAGUGGGGCCUGAGCGCCAAGGUGUUCGGGGCCACCACGGACGGCGGCCGCGACAUGGCCAAGGCCUGCUGCCUGCUGGACGUCCCCGUGCACAUGCCGUGCCUGGGCCACGCGCUGGACGCCGCCGUGCGCCAGGCCUUGAGGCUGCCCAAGCUGGCCGCCCUCCUGUCGCGCUGCCGCCGGCUGGUGCAGCACUUCCAGCGCUCGCCCGUGGCCGCCUUCGUCCUCUACGAGCAGCAGAAGCGGCGCCAGGCCGCGGCCACCAUGCUGCUGAGUGACCGCCCGGCCGGCUGGGCCGCCUGCCUGGCCAUGCUGCAGAGCCUCAAGCAGCACCGGGCGGCCAUCGCCAGCGUCCUGCUGGAGGACAGCAGCGGCCAUCAUCUCAUGCUGGAGGCGGCCGAGUGGGCCACGGUGGACGGCCUGCUGGACCUGCUGCAGCCCUUCCGCCAGGUGGCCGACGUGCUGUCCGCCUCGCGCUUCCCGGUCAUCAGCAUGGUCAAGCCGCUGCUGCACAUGCUGCUGAGGACCACGCUGAAGCCCAAGGACGCCGACCCCAAGGAGAUCAGCACGGCCAAGGAGGCCAUCGCCAAGGAGCUGGCCAGGACCUACCAGGAGCCCCCCGGCGUGGACAUGUUCCUCAACGUGGCCACCUUCCUGGACCCGCGCUACAAGCGCCUGCCCUUCCUGUCACCCUUCGAGCGCCAGCAGGUGGAGAACCGCGUGGUGGACGAGGCCAAGGGCUUGCUGGAGAGAGCCCGGCAGGACGCCUAUGCCGGCGCCGCCGCCGCCGCCACCGAGGACAAGCUGUUCCCCGGGCCCGACGAGCCCCCCGCCAAGAAGGCCGCCGCGGCCACCAGCCCGUCCCCGCCGCCCGGGCCCAGCAGCGCCAUCCACCACCUGCUGGCCGAGAUCUUCUGCCCGGCGGGCGGCGGGGACGAGCAGGAGGAGUGGCACGCGCAGGUGCUGGAGGAGCUGAGCAGCUUCAAGUCGCAGAAGGUCCUCGGGCUGCACGAGGACCCGCUCAAGUGGUGGAGCGAGCGCCUGGCGCUCUUCCCCGUGCUGCCCCGUGUCCUGCACAAGUACUGGUGCGUGGCGGCCACCCGCGUGCGGCCCCAGCGCCUCUUCAGCUCCGCCGCCGGCGUGGUCAGCGCCAAGAGGAACCGGCUGGCCCCCGCGCUCGUGCACCAGCAGGUCUUCCUCUACGAGAACGCCAGGCGGGACGGUGACCCCGAGCCCCAGGACGAGGACGAGGGCGAGUGGGGCCUGGACCCUGACCACGUGCUGUCCUCCCUGGGCGACGGCGGCCACGGUGGCUUCUUCGGGAUAAAUGACAGGGGCUUCCUCUAGGGACACGGCGCCGGGGCCUCUCGGCUGUGGGGCAGUCAACGGGUGGCCUUGAACGACAGAGCGCGUCCGGGGUCCUGGACACCAGGUCCUGGAAGCGGGGACUCUUCUCUGCAGACAG